UUGGGGUGUUGUCGGAAGGGUGGAGGUGUCGGGCGCCAGUCGCUACGCGAACGUCGAGCUUGGGAUCUCCGUUGUCCCUCGCGAGACUUUUUUUUUCCCCUCCCCCGUAAAGCUUGUGCUCGCGAUCGGCGGACGUUCGCCUCGUUCGAUUCGUACGCGGUAACACGCGUGCGUUUUCCAAUCGGUAGCCGUGACAUCGUCGAAUGUCGGAUCCGCGCGAUAUCGCCCACCGAACAAGCUCGAUCUCGAUCAUUGGCUCCGUGUGGCCGAGGAUCGCGCUCAUGUGACGAUUACUUGCUACAUGACGAUAAAACGAGUGUCGUACGUGAGACCAAGGGUAUACGAAUACGCGAGCGUUCUCGGUUGCUGUGAUUUGCUUACCAGUCGGAAGGAUACUCUACGGUAUACUACGUACAGCUUCGGGACUAUAACGGAUAUCGAUGGUGAUUCGAUGCAGCCACGAGGGGACGGAAUCGUGACGAUUUCGAUGGACCACUCGACGGAUGAGUAACGAAGCGUGGCCCGCUGCUCUCAAGGAGAUCGACCGCGCCGGCCCGACGAGUUUGCAAACCGGAUCAACCAUCUUGGAAGACGAGGGGAUCGCUGGCGAUGUUUUCGGCGAGACGAAGCACCGGCGGAAGGCCAAAGUAGAGAUAAAAGCGUGAAACGAGAUCGAGUAGAAGAUGAGAUAGAGAGAGCGGGUCGCUGGAUAUCUCGAGGAACGAAACACAAUGUGCUGGAGUGUGCGAGCCUGGUGGUGGAGAGGGGCGCUUCUCGGGACGAUGAUGCUGUUAUCGUGGACGUGGCCGGUGGUGGAGGGUUGCCCGAACAUGUGCACGUGCAAGUGGAAGAGCGGAAAAGAGUGGGUGGAGUGCGCGAAUCGAGACCUCAAGGGACUUCCCCAAGGCGCCAGGGAGGAGACCCAGGUGUUGGAUCUGUCGAACAAUCAUCUGGUCAGUCUGCCCCCGGAAUGCUUUCACGCGCUCGGCUUGAUCAAUCUGCAACGACUGUACCUGAGUAGAUCGCACAUCAGCCGUAUAGCAGCCAGAGCGUUCGUCGGUCUGGUGGGGCUGGUGGAGUUGGAUCUGUCGGAGAAUCUGAUCGAGGAGAUACCCAGCGAAACUUUCCCCUCCUACUCGAAUCUGAUGAAGCUACUGCUCAACGGCAAUCCUAUACGGGAGAUCCGUGCGGCAGCGUUCCAGCAUCUGCCGCAUCUGACCAACCUGGAAUUGAGCCACUGCCGGCUGGAGAAUAUCGAGCAGGGGGCGUUCGACGGCCUUCACCUGCUCGAGUGGCUACGACUCGACGGCAAUCGGUUGACCCGCGUGCCCGAACGCACGCUGCCCCUAGGCGGUAGCCUCCGCGGACUCACGCUGCACAACAAUCCCUGGGUCUGCGAUUGUCGUCUACAGGCCACGCAAGCUUGGCUCAAGGAAUCCGCGCCGGCCGCCCCUCAGGAGUCCGACCCCGUCUGCGACGCUCCUGCCAAACUCCGCGGCAAACAGAUCAAGACCGUCAACGAACUCGCUUGCCUGCCACGGAUCGAGCUGCAGAACCGAGUAGAGGCCUACGAGGGGGACAACGUCACGCUCAAGUGCGACGUUUACGCCGUCCCGGCUGCCAAGCUCACCUGGUGGUUCAACGGCGAACUCUGCGAACUCCAGAACGAGAACGACACGAUCUCCGCCUCCUCGGCUACCACCUUUCCCCGGUACGUCUACAGGCAGCGCGGCGGCAUCAACACGAGCAGCACUCUGCUACUCUACUCCGUGGAGACUUUGAACGAGGGCACGUACACGUGCAUAGCGGAGAACGGAGCGGGGUCCGCGGAGGCGAAUUUGUCUUUGCGAGUGCUGUUCCAGGAGAAAAUAACCGUGGAACCGCCAAACGAUCGCUCAAGAUCGGGAUACGUGGUGGCCAUAGCUGCGGGUGCUCUGCUGGGCACUUUGUUUGCCCUGGGCUCUCUGAUCGGUAGUAUAGUGUUUUGCGUGCGGAAACGUCGUCGCGACCGCAAAAGGAACUCGAAAGCUCUGGUGUCGCAGAACAAGUCUGUUAUGCCCAUCACCAAGGAUACCGCCUCCAGUUUGCCGUGCAGAAAGGGCAACGGCAGCUUGAUCGGGCUCGAGCACCAGCAGAUGGUGUCGUACACCGAACGAGAGUUGAACCGCGCCGCGACUCUCGAACGCAGAGAGCACAGAAACCUGGAGGAACCGUACUGCAGCCCGGUUUCCAAGUAUCUGACGGAACCAGACCUGAUAAACGAAGUGCCAGAGACGACGGACGUCGGAUACGGUCAGUUGUAUCGUCAUCAGCCCGGUGACAGACAGAUCCUGGAAUACGACUCCGGAUACCCGUUGCAACCCGAUCUACGACCAGCGAAUAUCCCGCAGCUCAGCUAUCUCGAUCAAGACGGAUACCCGCUCAACUUUGGCCUACCGAAGAUCCCUUUCAGCGCCGCGAGCACGCUACCGCGUCUCAGGCAGAGGAUGCCCGUGGAAGGUUCCGCGGUCGCGCCACCAGCCAGGUACUCGAGGGAAGCGGAGUUCCUCGCCAGAUCGCCAGGAUACGACCCCGUGCUGCCUCGAACCGACACCAGGUACACCGCCGAGGGAUACCCUUACCCCGCUCAACAAUCGCAGCCGAUUCAACCGGUCGAGCAACCCAUUCAACAGCAGCUUCCUGUAUCCCCGGUGUCGCCGGUCGCCGUGUUUCCCGAGGUACCGUUCAUUCCCUCUCCCCCAGCCGCCUACAGAGGCGAGACGACGCCGCUGUCGCCGAGAUCGCUAUUAAGCAAAACUGCCCGGGAAGCUGCCGCGGCGGCCGCCGCCAGGGCGGACGAUCUUCAGCCGCCUCAUCAUCCGGAGAGUCCCGACGAGGGAUACGUUGGCGACGCGAUGGACGUCUAAGAGAAUUCGGGAUCGACGACACGAAGACGGCUCGCGCAUAGAUGAGAAGACCGCCGCCGGGUCCUUUCGAAUCCGAUUAUCUCGGUUCCCGGGGGCAGAGCAGAGACAGCGGAUCUGUCGCAUACACGAACCGAGGAAACUGUCGGGACGUACGUUCGGACAAAUUAAUCCAAGGGAAACAAGGCACGGACACGAUUGGCAGAACAAGAAACUCUACAGAGAGCUACGUCGUCUACGUCGUCUACGUCGUCUACGUCGUCGUCGUCGUCGUCGUCGUCGUCGUCGUUGUCUGGGAGAAUAGAUAUCAGACGUCGUGCGGUCAAAAUGCCGGUUGAGCAGGAACAAAAGGAGCCGGAGCAACGGAAACCGUAAUGGAUUAAUCAGGUGCGAGGCUUCCCAGGCGUCUCGAAUCACGUGUCUGCGGAUAAUAAUUUCUUGUCAGUAGCAGGUCUCCGUGUUCGGGGAACAGCCAGCGUUGCUAAUCGAAUCGUCUACCCCUCAAAGUGAGAGGGGGGCAACGUUCGAACGCGGCAGCGGAUUUUUCACCGGCUUUUUCCAGGUGAAGAGCGUCGUAAAACUCGUUUUCGGUAUAGAACUUUUGGCGAAAAAUUCGAGUUGUUUGUCAGGGAAGAGAGCAUAGGGAAAUUCACGAAAUUCUGCGCCGAAAUUAUACGAGCUCGGUUAGUCGAGCAAAAUCCGCAAAAUAGAAGAGCGAGCGAGCGAUUUUUCGGCGCCGUCGGACGAUCGACGUGGAUGCAAGUUCGAUGCAAGUGACUUUUGCAUCGAACAGGGAAUUUUCGCAUGGUUCCGGAACGCAGAUCUCGACCAUUCUCGCCAGCCUCGCUUGGCAAUGGAAUUUCCCGGAACGUGGGUUACGCGACCGGUGCACCGAUCAGAGGAAUCGAAUUUUCCAAGAGCUUACGGAAGCCGACGAACGCAAACGAACGGCCGCGAGCGCAGUCGGAAUUUUGAAAACCGGCUGAUCUGAUCGCGCAGCCCGAUCGAAGCUGAUCUGUCCACGAACCGAAGAACGCUCGCCCUUUACGCUCGUACUAUUGCGAUCUGUCACGCCGACUACAGCCGGAAAUUGAAAACGUUCCUGGAACGAACGGUAAUUUUGCUCGCUGGUUGGCAACGGUGGUCAACUUUGUCAAAGUUAUGCGUUUGAUAGCGCGGGAAUCCUCGAUGAAAUAGUUGAGAGAAAUUGUGUGCAUGUACAUAGGGGACGAGUGAGACGAGUGUGUGUCAAAGUGUAAGAAACGAAAGAAAUUACAAAGGAGCGUGUAGUGGAGAGUAAAAUACCGAAUGGUGUACUACCGACGUUAAAGCUUAAGAAUAUUCUUCCGUUAACAAACACAAACUCUUUUACCUCGUUAAAAUGUACGUCUUUCAUCGUACACGGUACGUUUAAAAGUAAGAGAUGCAAAUGCGUGGAAUAGCAACUCGUUUGCAGUCACUGUAAGCGGUAAGACGAGCGCAAAGUGCGAGAGAGAAGCGUGCUUUCGAAGCGAAAAAAGGAUACGACGGAGAAGAAACGAGAAUACUCUCCUCGUUUACGAGUCCCCCGAGAAGACUCGUUCGAUAUCUGCUCAAGCUCAUACGCAUCCUUCACCCCCUCCCACUCCCCCUCCCAUUCCCCCUUCAUCUACCGUUCCAUCUCCUGGUCACUUCCUCUUUAGGCUAACCAAUUGUAUCGUUAUUAGAGUUUACUGCUCGUCGGUUUCGCAAGAAACGAACGCUCUAUCCCGUCUGGAAAGUUCCGACGAAAGGUUAUAGCAAUUCUAUCGUAGUGAUAAUAACGUUAACUCGGUGUUUAAGACUGGUGAACUGUGCGAGAUUACGAGAGAGCCGGUAUUGGGCCUCACCUAGCCCCAUGUACAGACACGUUAAAUAUACAUAUAUAUAUGUAUAAAUUUGUACACCAACUCUGGAAAACGCGAAAACCAACGGACACACACGUACGUAAAUGUCCACAUAUUAUAUAUAAUAUACAAGUAUACAGAUGUGGAUAUGAAUAGGCGGAAACGAGGGUUGGUCAGAACACGCGCUGGACACGCGCGGAAAGUAGAUAUUUUUUGAAAGGUGUCGUAGAGGCUAACACGCGUGACCAGGCAACCGCUCGCUCCGUCUUCUCGCCCUGUAUUCUUUAUCGUUGUGUAGCCGACUUUUAAGAGUUCGAUCGUACGCGUUGCUUCGCGAUACUCGACCGAUCGAUACGAAUAACCGGCUGCAAAAUACUCGUACGAUUUUCACCGCGACCCCCCUCAUCUUCGUCCAGGAAGAAGACGUACACAUUUUUCUUUGAAUUUGUUCAAAGAACGUGGGCAAUGUUGGUCGUUUAUCGCGAAGCAGGCUGGCGUCGCAGGCUGGCGUCGCAGCGAUCGAGCGGCAAGGUCGGUUCAUCUAGAAUCUAGGUACUAAACGAAUCGAUCGUUCUUCGAGGGCUGCCGAUCUAGCCUGAUCCAGCGCUAGGUUUACGAAUUACGAUCAGCGGAUGGCGGACGUGCAGCGAAAGGAUGCACAGCUCCGUUUAGUCGAUCGUCUAUUCGAACGAUCGUAAACACAAUUGCUGCUGCCCUCCUUUCUUGCCUCUUGUCGAUCAUCGGCCGAUUCACGAACGACGAACGACGUUUGCUUUACGGUCUGGCGAGGUCAGGACCGAAGCGUGAGCUCGAUUCCGCGCGUCCUUCCGAGCUCACCGCGGUCCGAAUUCCAAAUACGUCGCGUCGCUCUCGCGAUACACGCCCCGCGUCUCGCCCGCGCGCACGCACACACACGCACACAAAAUUUUGAAUCAGUGUUAACGGCGUUUUACAGGGUAUCCGGGUGAUUCGCGAAAGGAUCGUCGAGACGGAAACUUGGUUAGCCGCGACAACAGGAAGCGAUACUUGGGAUCAGUGGUAGCUGAGAGCGAGCCGAGUCUACAGACACCUCCGUGUUUUCGAGUACCACGAAGAUGUUCUCGGUUGUACGAAGGGAAUCGAAUUCACUCGAGUCUUUUUUCACCUUGAGGUUGCUCGCGUCAACCGUACUCGCGUCAACGUUCGCACUCGCGAAAGUCGGAUCAGGCGCUCGUCGAUCGAAGCUCGCCUCUCCCUGUCUCGCCGUCUCUGUCUCGACGUUCCAAGCGAGUCGAUCGAAGGACGAUCUUCGCCAACUUCGAAUCGCGAAUGGAAAUACUCUUGCGGUUUCCUCUUGCGCGCGUACACGAGAUACGAGAGGGACCGCCGUUGGCGUCAAAUCGCGUUUAUCGGUUUGCCGAACCAGCGAAAAGGGAGAAAGUUUCGAUGAAGAAUUUCACGGCGAUAUAUCAAACGUAAUAAUUUGCGUGGCGCAUCCGUACGCGGUGCACGCGCAGGCUAGCAAUAAAAUUUUCAGGAAAAAAAUCGUCGCUGCUCGACCACGGACGCGCCGUAAUUCACGACCGUGGGAACGCCGCUUUUGAGUUAUGACGCGGUCCAGAUUAUUUGGCACGCCCCGAGUGGAAUUAGGUUUACGAUGUCGGCCGAACCUCGUCUCGUUUUCCCAUCGCGUCGGUAUACAAAACGCACGUGUUCACGUACGUACACCGCUUUGUUCUCCGCGUGUUACCGUCCUUUCUUCUUUUAUUUUCCUUUUUUACACUUUCCCAUCGUCGAUCGGAACGCGCCGCGCGUUCAACAGGGCUCUUAUCGUGGCUUCGCUCGAAUUUUCCCCUUCGAUGUUGCGCGCAAUGAAUAUGUUGUACUUUUUCCGGAUUAAUUGGACGCGCUUGUUUCGUCGAAUUUUUCCCAUUUUUCAGCCGCUCUUCCCGACCUCGCUCGCGUAUUAACUGGCAUCAUAAAAAUCGUUCGCCUCCCGAUAAUCGAUGAUGAAUUUAUCGUUCGUAGCGCGACAAUCAAAGGCGAAAAAGCAAGCUUUAAACGAAACAACGCUUCUUCCGUCUCGAUUCCUUCGCUUAUAUUUUAUAGAAUUUAAUUUUCCAUUUUCGACCGAUCGUUUCACAUUUUCCAACGUUUCUCAAUUUCCUCUCUGACGCGUUAUUAGACAAACGUUUCGAACUUAAAAUUUUUAUUUACUUC